AUGCCUCGCUACUCAAUGACCAACUUUGCCUUCAACAUCAGGUUUGUUGACCCGUCGGGUCGCUCCCGUCGUGUCUUGGGUCAUGGUAACCCCGGGAAUCUGUUCUUAGAUUUCCAAGACCUUGACCGCUUUGGGGCCGAGAUUCUGCCCAGCUCCGACGAUGACAGCUCAGUGGAAGAAGUCGCCCCACCCGCUGCAGCCCCACCAGCCGAAAUCGAAACUCCACGUGUCAAGACCAAGACCAAGACCAACAAAGGAAAAAGUGAUGUGGCGGAAGUAGUGGACCUCCUCAACAGCAGCGGAUCAAGCAGCGGAUCAAGCACUAACGUCGAUGAUCUUUCUGCCAUCGUGCCACCUGAGGAAGAGCAAGCGGAAGAAGAAAUCGAAGAUGAGGUUGAAUUCAUUGGCCGUCGACUUGAUCAGAGUGUCAAUCUUCAAAACGAGUCUGACACAAGCUCCGACUACUCUGUUGCCCAUGGAUUCUCUCAGGAAGCCCUCUUGGCCCCCACUCCCGUUGCUACUCACCGUCGCAGCCGCCGUGUUGCUUCUCGCCGUCGUUGA